AAAAAAAAAAAAAAACCCCUCUUUCCAAUUCUUCGUCUCUCCUUCUCUUCUUGUCUCUUGAAAUCACCAGAUGGCAUCUUUGAAUAUAACCCACCAGAUUGGUUCCCUCUCCGGGAUACCAAUCCAGUCGGAAUCUGUGACGUCCAACGGCGACACGACGGGAGUCUUGUCAGCGGCGGCGGUAUGGAAGACUCAGCCAUCGAACCUCCGGUGCAGAAUCAAGAAACAAGGCCCAGAGAUGGAAGCGUUAUCACCUCCGGUGAGUCCGUUGAGCACGAAGAGCCCGUGCAAGUCUACAUCGCCGGUAUUUGGAGCGAUGAGGCCGGAUCUGUCGGUGGCGUGCCAGGCGUUGGUGGCGGAUAGGACGGAGUCGGCUUAUUCGGUGGUGGAGGAGGAGGAGGAGGAGGUGUGGGAGUAUAUGGAAGGUGGAGCUGCGCAGGUGGUGAAGGGGGUGAAGGGUAAUGGAGUGCCAGUAUACGUGAUGAUGCCGUUAGACAGUGUUACGAUGAACAACGGUGUGAACCGGAGGAAGGCCAUGAACGCCAGCUUGCUGGCGCUAAAAAGCGCCGGGGUGGAAGGGAUAAUGAUGGACGUGUGGUGGGGUUUGGUGGAAAGAGAAGCACCUGGGUCUUACAACUGGGGUGGCUACUCCGAGUUGCUUGAAAUGGCCAAGAAGCAUGGCCUCAAGGUCCAGGCCGUCAUGUCCUUCCACCAGUGCGGUGGCAACGUUGGUGACUCUUGCACGAUACCGUUACCCAAGUGGGUGGUGGAGGAGAUGGACAAAGAUCAGGAUCUGGCGUAUACGGAUCAAUGGGGGAGAAGGAACUACGAGUACAUCUCCCUCGGCUGCGAUACCCUUCCUGUUCUCAAGGGCCGUACGCCUGUCCAGUGCUACUCCGACUUCAUGCGUGCGUUCAGGGAUAACUUCAAACACCUUCUGGGCGAUACGAUCAUCGAGAUACAAGUUGGGAUGGGACCAGCAGGGGAGCUCCGAUACCCAUCUUACCCAGAGCUUAACGGGACAUGGAAAUUCCCUGGAAUUGGAGCUUUCCAAUGCUUCGACAAGUACAUGCUCAGUAGUUUGAAAGCUGCAGCUGAAGCUUCGGGGAAACCAGACUGGGGGAACGGAGGCCCUACAGAUGCAGGACACUACAACAAUUGGCCUGAAGACACCCAGUUCUUCCGCAGAGAAGGCGGAGGUUGGAACAGCUCUUACGGGGAAUUCUUCCUCUCUUGGUACUCAGAAAUGCUUUUGAACCACGGAGAGCGGAUACUGUCAUCAGCCCAGUCAAUCUUCAAAAGCACAGGCAUCAAGAUCUCUGUGAAAAUCGCAGGCAUCCAUUGGCACUACGGAACCCGAUCCCACGCACCAGAGCUCACCGCAGGGUACUACAACACCCGCUUCAGAGACGGCUACAUACCCAUCGCACGAAUGCUGUCACGCCACGGAGCAAUUUUCAACUUCACCUGCAUCGAGAUGCGCGAUCACGAGCAACCCCAAGACGCUCAGUGUGCGCCCGAAAAGCUCGUUCGGCAAGUGGCUUUAGCGACUAGAGAGGCUAAUGUGCCUCUUGCUGGGGAGAACGCGUUGCCACGGUAUGAUGAGUAUGCGCACGAGCAGAUACUGCACGCGUCUUCAUUGAAUCUUGGUGGUGGCGAUGGAGGGAAGAAGGGAGAGGAGCAAGAGAUGUGUGCUUUCACAUAUUUGAGAAUGAACCCGCAAUUGUUUCAGGAGGAUAACUGGAGGAGAUUUGUGGGGUUUGUGAAGAAGAUGAGGGAAGGAAAGAAUGGGAAUCGGUGUUGGGAGCAAGUGGAGAGGGAAGCGGAGCACUUUGUGCAUAUUACUCAGCCAUUGGUGCAAGAGGCUGUGGUUGCCCUGAGUCACUAGUCUCCAUGAACAUUG